AUGUCUCUGAUGAUGGGCUCGAGUGAGAACCCGAAACGUCAGGCCAAUAAACUUCUUGUCCCUGUGAUCGCAUCUUCAUCUUCUGAACUGCUACCUGGGACUCGCCUGUUCGCUUCUAUCAGCAACCUUUUUGGGCGCGAAGCGCUCCGAUCGGCUCGACGGUGGGAAACCUUUGCCCUUCGAGAGUCGUCAACAUAUGCGCAGAUUCGAUUUCUGCACAGGUGUCUCGACAACAAUGUGCUGCCGAAGUGCGUUUCAUACAAACCUCCGGUCAACACAGAGCUGGCGAGACGCGCAGUACUUCAGCACGGCCGACGAAUGAUCCGAGUGCUCCUUCAAGACUGUCACUCACGGAUUCGCAAAUACCGUCAGAGGAUUGACCAAGAGAAGGCAAGGUGCUGCGAGUUCAUGGGCGAGGACGGCAUAAAACUGCUUCAGCAGAGGCUGGCCGAACGAACCCGCGAACAUAAAGCAACGCGAGAAGCAGCCCUAGAGAGCAAAUUUCGUAAGCUGCCUGCUCCAAUGUCAUCCAAGAACGACAAACUGGUGCACAACUUGUCGUCAAAGGAGCUGACGGAGGAACAAAUGCAGGUUUUACGGCAUGAGGCCUCAUUCAACACAGCCGAUGCCAAACCUGCCAACAUGAUCGCAGCAGUGGAAUCAAUCCUCAGCCAGACGGGAGCGACAGACGAAACGAAGAACCUCAUUCGACACCAAGUGUCCUCCCUCCNUCGGACCGCCAAGCCACCGCCGCAUCAAUUACGACCCCAGCGGCGAUUGUGA